AUGUACGAAGGGAUUGACAACCUGAAAUCCCUUUACGACCGUGCCGGGAAGACUUUCUCCGGCGGUCCUUCUGCGGCACAGGAUGUGUCGCGUCGUACUGCUCGACCAGACCCAGUACGUCGAUCAUCAGUUGGGAGCGGGGCUCCCAAGAAUCCCAGGACGGGGGAUAGCCGCGCCACCGGACGAGGUAACUCGUCCGACGUCCGUUCACGUCGCGGUGGUUCAACAGCUGCUCAACUAGAUAGCGCUGGCCACCGCGAGAGUCCUCUAAUGGAGGUGGAGGAGGAGGAAAGACGCUCUCCACACGAUCAUGUGGAUCGGUGUGUUCCCGAGAGCUUCUUUGAUCGCGUAACGCAAGGGUUACGCGACGAUCUCGAGCAUGAGCGGAAUAGGCGUCUCCAGAUGGUGGACACUGCCUCGAAGCAUCGAGCUGAGUUUGCCUUUGCUCAGCUUGAGAACGAGAGAUCUCUGACAUCUCUUCGUGACGAGCUAAGGGUAGCUCGUGGGAUUGUUGAUCGGUCUCGGGCUGAGAUAACUGCUCUUCAGACCCUUGUUGAUGCCCACCAUCGGGAGCACAAGGCUCUCUGCGAGAUGCUUGAGCGCAAGGGCGUUCUUCAUCGGAAGAAGCAGCGUACUGAUGGUACGGCAAGCCGACCAACGUAA